GGAGCGGCAAGGUUUUAGCCAAUAGCUUAGCUGCGAGGUGAGCGGUGAGCCAAUGGCGAUGGUGGGGGGCGGGGCGCACCGCUGGCUGAUUGAUCCCAGCUCUGGCGUUGUUCAGUCGGAGCGAGAACAUUCUAGAGAUUGCCCGGCACCGCUCUCCCUGGUGAUACCGCCCGCUCCAGGACGCCGGGACCCGGAGGCUGCGGCGUCCGCCUCCGCCUCCCUCUCCGUCUGGAUAUAAGCGCCCCCUCGGCCCUGUUCUCCUCUCAUAAUCGGCUUCGUCGCAGCCCGGGGCGAGCAGCGUUGGGUUUAUGUCUUUAUUGGACGAAAACGAGCUGUUGCGCAGCCACUGGUACCUGUAUUGGGGAAACAUAGCAUACAAGCAAGAACCUUACAGCCUCAGUGGCGAAAAUUUUUUCAUGUCAGAGACCGAGAACUCUUGCAGUCGUUUAUGUCAUCCCGUCUUCUCCAGACAGAAGAUACCAAAAAACUGCAAUCAAAGAUCUCUUCAUCUUAUUGAUAAAGCUACUAAUAAGGCAAAAUGUCUGUCAACGUCAACCGCAGUGUUUCAGAUCAGUUCUAUCGCUACAAAAUGCCCCGUCUGAUUGCCAAGGUGGAGGGCAAAGGAAAUGGAAUAAAGACGGUUAUAGUCAACAUGGUUGACGUUGCAAAGGCGCUUAAUCGGCCUCCAACGUAUCCUACCAAAUUUUUUGGUUGUGAGCUGGGAGCACAGACCCAGUUUGAUGUUAAGAAUGACCGUUACAUUGUCAAUGGAUCUCAUGAGGCGAAUAAGCUGCAAGACAUGUUGGAUGGAUUCAUUAAAAAAUUUGUUCUCUGUCCUGAGUGUGAGAAUCCUGAAACUGAUCUGCAUGUCAAUCCUAAGAAACAAACUAUAGGUAACUCUUGCAAAGCCUGUGGCUAUCGAGGCAUGCUUGACACAAACCAUAAACUCUGCACGUUCAUUCUCAAAAACCCACCUGAAAGUGGUGACACUGGUACAGGAAAGAAAGAAAAGGAGAAGAAGAACAGAAAAGGCAAGGACAAAGAGAAUGGUUCUGUGUCCAGCAAUGAGACACUUCCACCCCCACCACCAGAGGAGAUUACUCCUCCACAGGUUGUGGAGGAGGAGGAUGAUGAUGACUGGGGUGAGGACACAACAGAAGAAGCCCAGAGGCGUAGAAUGGAUGAAAUCAGCGACCAUGCGAAGAACCUCACACUUAGUGAAGACCUGGAAAGAACUAUAGAGGAGAGAGUCAACUUAUUAUUUGAUUUUGUAAAGAAAAAGAAGGAAGAAGGUGUCAUCGAUACUUCUGACAAAGACAUUGUAGCAGAAGCAGAGAGGCUGGAUGUAAAGGCCAUGGGCCCGCUUGUUCUCACUGAAGUCCUUUUUGACGAAAAGAUUCGAGAACAAAUCAGAAAAUACAGACGUCACUUCCUUCGUUUCUGCCACAACAACAAAAAAGCUCAGAGGUACCUUCUCCAUGGCUUCGAGUGUGUGGUAGCUAUGCAUCAGUCUCAGCUUAUUUCGAAAAUCCCCCAUAUUUUGAAGGAAAUGUAUGAUGCAGAUCUUCUGGAAGAAGAAGUCAUCCUUGGCUGGGCAGAAAAGGCCUCAAAGAAAUACGUUUCAAAGGACCUUGCCAAAGAAAUCCGUGUCAAAGCAGAACCAUUUAUUAAAUGGCUAAAGGAAGCUGAAGAAGAAUCUUCUGGUAAUGAAGAAGAAGAUGAAGAUGAAAACAUAGAGGUGGUGUACUCCACAACUGCCAGUGUACCUAAAGUUGAAACUGUGAAGCCUGCAAACAAUAAAGACGACGAUAUUGAUAUUGAUGCCAUUUAAAGUGAUGCAACAUAGCUUCCAGCAUAGGAAUGCAAACUUCUCUGCAUUUUCUGCCAGAAGUGUGACUUGUAUGUGCACAAGCUCAAAUGGCUUAACAUCCUGCUACUUUGUACUCUAAAAUGUAUCUUUUUACUGUGACUGGUCUUGUGUAACUAAGCCUAAUACCAAGGAGUCAGCACGUCGGUGAACUGAUCUAGUUUGCAACUGGCAUGUUCUAUUUUGUUUUUCUAACUUGUGUUGGACACAUACUUGGAGCACAUUUAUACAGUUGUGGAAAUAAAGGAUUUGGUUUUGGUCAAUCUUCA